AUGUUUGACAAAUUGAAGCGUAAGGUCCAAAAGCUGAAAAUCUCCGACGACAAGAAGGAAAGUUUGCCCGAUGUGGGGUCGUCGGAGGAUCUUUCUAAGCGCGAAAUAUAUCGCAACAGGUACAACUUUGGUGUCAAUUUUGGGUCCCUGUUCGUUCAAGAAAGUUACAUCUAUCACUCUUUAUUUUCAGAGGGCGGCGACAACGAACACGAUGCAAUUGCCGCGCUUGUUGCCAAGAGCUCCGUUGAAGAAGUGGCUCGUAAGCUACAACAGCACUACGAAAGCUACGUUUCUGACCAAGAUUGGCAAUGGCUGCAGAAAGAGGCGGGUGUUACAGCUGUGAGGCUCCCUAUAGGUUACUGGCACGUUGACAAUGGUCGUUUCAUUAGCAAGGAUAUGAAAUUCCACGAUUUGAAAUCCGUGUAUGAGGCGGCCAAGCCUUGGGAAGCAGUUCGCAAGAUAAUCAAAAGCGCUGCUGACCAUGGAAUCGGGAUUUUGGUCGAUAUUCACGGUGUUCCAGGAGGUGCCAAUAAGGAUGCCCACUCGGGAGAAAACAGUGGGCAAGCCAACUUCUUUUCUACCCAGGCAUUUGUGGCCCCUGUAGUUGACGACAUGGUUCCUUUCAUUGUCAAAGACAUUUGCAAACCGAAUGAAAAUGUCAUCGGUUUGCAAGUCAUCAAUGAAGCGGCUUUCAGCAACUCGGCCAAGGACGAAAAGAAGUUCUACGCCAAAGUGAUCCAAGCGGUACAGAGUAUCGACGACAGUUUGCCUGUUGUCAUCUCCGAUGGAUGGUGGCCCGCUCAAUGGGCCGACUGGCUGGAGGAAAACAAGUUCACGAACAGUGUGGUCAUAGACUCGCACGUUUACAGAUGUUUUUCCGAUAGCGACAAAAAGAAGAAUGCCGCUCAAAUUACGGACGAGCUGCCCCAGUCGGUCAAUUUCUCUAAUGACAAAGCUGAUUACAUGGUUGGUGAGUUCUCGUGUGUGUUAGACGGCAAUACUUGGGAAAAAACGAAAGAAAACCGCGAUGAAUGCGUUUCCAAAUUCGGCCAGAAACAAACUCAAGUGUUCCAAGAUAAGGCCAGCUGGGGAUGGUUCUUCUGGACCUUCAAGUUUCAGGAAGGUGAUGGAGGCGAGUGGGGAUUCCAACCCAUGGUCAAUAAGGGCUGCAUUCCAAAACGGCCGCGUGUCAGCCCGGCCAUCGACGACAAGAAGGUGCAACAAAUUGUCGAUGGGCACGUUAAUUAUUGGAAUGGCAAAGGCAAAAAGUUCGAGCAUGAGCGGUUCGAAGACGGGCUUCAGACCGCCAUUAGCGACAUCCAAGCUUUCGACGAAUUCGACCAUUCCAGGGUCGGCAGAACCCAUUUCUUCAAGUCUUUGAGAAGAAGCCAACACGUGGCCGAGAAAGGCGAUAGCGAAUUUGUUUGGGAAUGGGAGCAGGGUUACGAUCAAGGGCUCUCUGAGUUCAAUAAGUAUUUGUAG